AUGACUCGGAAAAGGCUGCAUUCUGUAGCAGUUUGGGGAUUCUUCGCCUGGGAAAUAGCAGUUAUGCUGAGUCUGGUGGCAUCGAAGGAGCCUGACAGCCCCCGGGGAAGAGCAGUUCCCAUGUCACCCUCUGACUUCUUGGACAAGCUCAUGGGACGGACUUCUGGCUAUGAUGCAAGAAUCAGGCCCAACUUUAAAGGCCCUGCGGUGAAUGUAUCCUGCAACAUAUUCAUCAACAGCUUUGGGUCUAUUGCAGAGACAACAAUGGACUACAGGGUGAACAUCUUCCUGCGGCAGCAGUGGAACGACCCGCGGCUAGCGUACAGCGAGUACCCGGACGACUCGCUGGACCUGGACCCCUCCAUGUUGGACUCCAUCUGGAAGCCCGACUUGUUCUUCGCCAACGAGAAAGGAGCCCACUUCCACGAGGUCACCACAGACAACAAGCUCCUGAGAAUAUUCAAGAACGGCAACGUCCUCUACUCCAUCAGAUUGACACUCACUCUGUCAUGUCCUAUGGAUCUGAAGAAUUUCCCCAUGGAUGUGCAAACGUGCAUUAUGCAGCUGGAGAGUUUUGGCUACACAAUGAACGACCUGAUCUUUGAGUGGCAGGCGGGGGGUCCCGUUCAGGUGGCCGAGGGGCUCACGUUACCCCAGUUCAUCCUCAAGGACGAGGAGGAUCUACGCUACUGCACCAAGCACUACAACACAGGUAAGUUCACCUGCAUCGAAGUGCGCUUCCACCUGGAGCGCCAGAUGGGCUACUACCUGAUCCAGAUGUACAUCCCCAGCCUGCUGAUCGUCAUCCUGUCCUGGGUCUCCUUCUGGAUCAACAUGGACGCGGCGCCGGCUCGCGUCGCCCUCGGCAUCACCACGGUGCUCACCAUGACGACGCAGAGCUCGGGCUCCAGGACGUCGCUGCCCAAGGUGUCCUAUGUGAAGGCCAUAGACAUCUGGAUGGCCGUGUGCCUGCUAUUCGUGUUCUCUGCCCUGUUGGAGUAUGCCGCCGUCAACUUUGUCUCCAGGCAACACAAGGAGCUCCUCAGGUUCCGCAAGAGGAGAAAGAAGACCAAGGAGGACGACGUGCGGGAGAGCCGUCUGAGCUUCACGGCCCCGGCGGGCGCCCCCUGCAAGGACGGGAAGGACGGCGGCGGCACCGCCGCCACCCCGAAAGCCGCCAACAACAGCGCGGUGCAGCCGGCCCAGACCAGCGCCCAGGCCGCCGCCGCCGCCGCCGCCAAGAGCCACGAGGAGAUGCGCAAGCUCUUCAUCGACCGCGCCAAGAAGAUCGACACCGUCUCCCGCGCCGGCUUCCCCCUGGCCUUUCUGUUUUUUAACAUUUUCUACUGGGUCCUGUACAAAAUCUUGCGCCACGAGGAUUUUCAUAAAGCAUAAAGUGUGUGAGCGUGUGAGAGAGCCACCUGUAGGAGCGUAUAGUAUCGAAAAGACGCCAUCCUUUUACACGCCCCCCGUUGGCAACUACGGACCGCUGAACAGUGACAUUCACUGCAAUGAAGUCCUGCCAAGACACAGACACCCAAAACACACACUUGCACACAUGCACACACACACACACACACACACAAGCUAAAUACAUCCAAUUUGACUUGACUGCACAAAG